AACCCACUAGUCUCAAAUGUCAAAAACGUCCGCUCCUCCUAACCUCAAAUUCGCUUUGAAAUUCGUCAAAACCCAUUUCUUCGCGGCGACUCCCAUUCCAAAGGCCCCAUGUAGUUGCAGAGGGAAUGUGUAGCCACUAGACCCAUCAAAAUGGCGAACUUGAAGCCCGGCGGUCAAAAUCCGCGAAAAAAAGUGCAGGUUUCGAUGGUAAUAUGCGAAGCGGAAGAGAAGAGACACAGAUCUGGAGUGAACGCUUUACAGAUAGAUCCAGCAUUGGACCGGUUGUACUCUGCUGGAAGGGAUUCAAUCAUACGGGUGUAUGAGCAUGAACGUUACCUCCAUGGUAUGGAGCACCAUACCGACUGGGUUAACGACAUAGUAUUAUGCUGCGGAGGCCGUCAUUUAAUCUCAGCUAGUUCAGACACCACAGUUAAAGUGUGGAACGCCCACAAGGGUUUUUGUAUGUCAACUCUGCGAACACAUAAAGACUAUGUGAAAGCUUUAGCUUACGCGAAAGAUAGAGAGCAGGUGGCUUCAGCAGGUUUAGACAAGUCUAUUUAUUUGUGGGAUAUCAACACACUGACAGCUUUAACUGCUAGCAAUAAUACAGUCACAACUUCUAGUUUAAUGGGGAGCAAAGAAUCCAUUUAUAGUUUAGCAAUGAAUCCUCCUGGAACUGUUAUAGUUAGUGGAUCCACAGAAAAAGCGUUACGGUUGUGGGAUCCCAGAAAUUGUGUUAAGUUGUUUAAGUUGAAGGGACAUGCAGAUAACGUGAAAGCGUUAGUUGUGUCAAAGGAUGGUAGUCACUGUAUCUCUGGAAGCAGUGAUGGGUCCAUCAAAGUUUGGAGUUUGGGAGGACAGAGGUGUAUCCAGACAAUUAGAGUCCAUGGAGACUCUGUCUGGGCACUACUCGCCACUGACUCUUUUAGCCAUGUUAUUUCUGGCGGGCGGGACAAGAAGGUGAUAAUGACUGACCUCAAAAACCCUCAAAAUAGUGUAGUAGUGUGUGUGGAGGAGGCCCCAGUGUUGAAAAUGUGCUUCACAGCUGACCAACAAGCAGUUUGGGUCUCCACCUCAAACUCAAGUAUUCGCUGUUGGAAAUUGCCAACUGAAAAACAUUUCAAAGAAGAGGCGAAGAUGCCGACGUCACCGAUCUCAUUGAUACCAGGUGGCGCUGCAAUCCGUCAAGCGGUGGUCCUCAAUGACAAAAGACACAUUCUAACCAAAGAUGCCAACGAAAAUGUCGCACUCUAUGACGUUUUAAGGGCGCGCAAAGUCGAAGACUUAGGGCAAGUCAAUUUCCAAGAAGAAAUAAAAAACCGGUUCAAAGUGGUUCACGUCCCGAAUUGGUUUAACGUAGAUCUCAAAACGGGGAUGCUGACGAUACACUUGGGUCAAGACGAGGUUGACUGUUUUUCUGCGUGGGUCUCGGCUCGGGACGCCGGAAUUCGGGAUUGUCCGGAGCCCGACCAGAAGGUAAACUACGGGAAAUUGUUACUGCAGGCGCUGUUUGAGCACUGGAGAGGCGUGGAGAAGGAUCCUGAAAAUAAGUUGUAUUUUACGGUCCCGAAACAUAUUCCUUUGAUACUGAGUGAGGUUGGUGGGCGUACGCUGUAUAGAGUGUUAGUCGGGGACACGGUAGGUGAUACUGAGAAUGCUCUCCUAAACGAAACUGUACCCAACUGGGUUAUUUCAAAUAUCGAGGAAAAUUGCACAGGGAAGUUCAUAAAAGUGCAGUUUUAUCUUCAACCGCACGCGUCGGUUCCUUCCCACUUGCUGAAACAAGAUAGACUGAAGAAGCCGGAUCGGUUGGUAGCUAAUGAUUUUAUCCAGUGUCGGAAAGUAGCGGAACACAUUUUGGAGAAGCUGCUAGGUGAUGGUAACGCAAGUUCUCCGGGGGGUGACGCAGACUCCACCACGCCUACUAACAACGGUUACAACGUUGACCAAAUCGAACUCACUUGUAACGACCAGAUCCUCGACCCCGCUAUGGAUUUACGAACUGUUAAACACUUUAUUUGGAAGUCUUCGGCCGAUUUGACACUACAUUACAGGAUUGUUAACGCUAAAUAAAUUUCAUUCCAUUUUUAAAGUUUUCAUCGUUUGGUGGAAAUGCGUUGUGACGCUACUGGAGCUCCAUCAGAACGACAGUUUUUACGAGUAGAUAUUUUUAUUAGUCUCCACUGGUCUAUAUUAUAUAUUUGUUAUUUACAACAGUGUAAGUUUUAUAUUAAAAAUGAAAAUUUC